AUGGAGAUGGCGCUCUCGUGUCGCGGCGGGACACUGAAGUGCCGGUGGAUUCAGAAGGAGCGGCGCGUCGCCGCGAAACGCGCCGUGUCGGAAGCCACGCGGUCAUGGCGGGAGGGGAUUGAGUGCGGCGGGUCGGUGCAGAUGCCGUCGGCGGAGCCGGAGCGGGCGAACCCGUUCGUCGCCGGCGUUGUGGGGACGGUGGUCGCCGGGGCGCUGCUGUUGAGCCCACAAGCAGCUGUGGCGGACAUGAUUGAGACUGUCGCGCCCUCCACAAUGGCAGAGUACGCCAAGCCCUUGCCUCAAGAAACAGUUGACAAGGGCCGUGUGUGGCUGUUCCUUGUCCUCGGCGCCACUGGUCUGUUCCUUGGCACAGUUGCUUUAGAAAAUGUGGAGGGCUUCUUCCCUGCUAUAGCCAAGGCUAACAAGGCAAUGGCAAGGAGCCGAGCAGGGGAAUAUGAGCAGGAGGAAGCCUAUGCAGAGGAGUCUGAAAUCGCAGUGGCCCGCCCAUCCCAGGAAGUCACGGACGACCCAUACUAUCGAGCUGUAGAGGAUGGCCUUGCUGCUGCGAGGGCAGAACUUUUGGAUGAGUACAAGAGUGCAGGCAUGAUGCCCAUGACUGAGGCAUCCGGACCCCCGUCGCCUUCUGUUCCAUUGCCUGACUUGGUGGCUGGAAACGAGGACCAGAGCAACGCUGACGUCAUGGGCAGUGGUCCGCAGGGGAUGUCGGCGGAGAGUGCGACUCAAGACCUGGGUGGGACGCCUGUGGUGUCUGGCAGCAACGGCCAGGAGGACGACGCUGUUGAUGGUGCACCACGUGGAGCUAUAGGGCAAACGGUCGAGUAG